UCAAAGAUGCAGGUUGUUAGUGGUGAGCGAUCACUUUGGAUAUACACUCUGCUGUUUACUUCUCUACAACUUUGGGGAAGACUUUCAGCUUCCACUUCCUCUCCCAAUCUUCCGCCACCUCAACUUGACAUCCAUUCGAGGUCAAGGGACUCAGUGGUCCUGAUCUGUGGGGUCCCAAAGGGAUACACCGGGGUUGUGUUCAUGUUGUACCGAUCGAGGGAGAGGGUGGACUCCCAGGAGCUGCAGCCCGGUGCUGAGCAGGCUCUCUUCACUGUCAGGAUAGAGGAGGGGGGCUCAGCCCAACACAAACUUUUCUGCUGUCUGUACAGGAACCAGCAAAACCUCUACAGUGCAUUCAGUCCCUAUUUGCAGAUAGACCAACUAGAAGCUACUGCCCCUCCUCGCUCCAUACCCUCUGUCCCUCCUCCAGUCCUGUCUGUGGAGCCCUCUGCUGGUGUGGUAAAACAUGGAGACACGCUGACCUUCAGCUGCUCCGUCCCUGCUCUCAUGCCUCAGUCUCAAUCCCAGUCCACCUCUAAGCAGAAACCAGUGUCCUUCCUUUUGCUGAGGACCGCUGAGGGAACAGGAGAGACAACCGUUAUCCACCAGCCUCGGGGCAGCAAGGUAUCAAACCCUGAACCGCAGUCGGGGGUCUUCAGUGUCGGACCGGUGAGGGGAGGAGAGGACGGAGAGUAUACCUGCCUCUACCAGACCACCAGAAGAAGGCAAUUGGUCAAUUCAACUGUCAGUAACAUCGUUCAAGUCACCAUCACAGGUGUGCUGCCGGUGCCCACCCUUGUCCUCCAGCAGCAGACAGCAGUUUGGCGUUUGCUCUGCAUGGGGUCUCCUGCGUACCCCGGCGCUGUGUUUUCUCUCUACCUGGCGGAUCACGACGUCCCUGUUGCCACUCACCACGCUAAAGUGAUCCACCAUGAGGUUGCGUUCCCAAUGCCUGUCCAGGACAGUUCAGUGUCUUGGUACCGAUGCCAGUACAGUGUCCUCCUGGGAGGGAAAUGGAGCCAAUCUGAACUCAGCCUCCCGCUGGCUAUAACCGGAGGAGUUUCCCCCACAUCAUCAACAGAUUUCUUAGGUGUGGACUGGCCUCUUGUACUGGGCUGCUUCUCCGCUGUGGUCUUAUUCCUCUGCUCAGUGGCUCUUGUGGUUAUGGUGGCACACAGGAAAGUAAAAGCAGCAGCCGAAGAAAAAAAGAAAAGGCAGGACGAACAGUUCUGGACUCAAGUUCACGCUAAGGACCAUGUUGUUGACCUUCCGCUCUCAAACUUCGCCUCUCAGGAAUGGGCCUGUGGGGACUCAACUACAGAGACAACCUCCAGAUCCCCUUUAUGGAACUCUCUCUCCACAUUCACAACCCCGAUCCAUCCCGUCCAUUAGAAAUGUUUAUCUCUCUCUCUCUCUGUUUGUGUGCGUGUGUGUUUAAGUGUGUGUAAGUGUGUGUUCAUACUUUAUUCUUGCGUAGCGAUGUAGCAUCGAUCGGAGCUACGCAGCAGGACAGGAAAGGCUAUUUCCUCAGUUCCUAUUUCAUGUGUAGCAGUGCGGUUGUACAAUAUGGCAGGAUAUGAUGUUUGUUUGAUCUUACAUGUUGCUGAGCCACUAAAUCUAAAUACAGAUUGUUUUUUUAAUGAA